CAAUAAUCCAUCGCCAUUGCCGGUUUCUAUAAUUCAACCUCAAUUCCCUACUCGCUCUCUCUUUCACGCGCAUCCCCAUCUCUCUCUCUCUCUCCCCUUCUUCUUCUCUGUCCACUGCCCGCCGCCGCAGUGGAGUCUCACGCCCCGGCCGGGCCUUCUCUCUGAACCUUCAGACCUUGGGCGUCUCUAUCGGGUGCAGCUAUGGGCACGGAUUCCAUGUUGUCCGAGGCCAACAGCAGCCUGGACGAGCAGAUCUCGCAGCUCAUGCAGUGCAAGCCGCUCUCCGAGCAACAGGUUAGGGCAUUGUGUGACAAAGCCAAAGAGGUUCUAAUGGAAGAGAGCAAUGUACAGCCUGUGAAGAGUCCAGUAACAAUAUGCGGAGAUAUUCAUGGGCAAUUUCAUGACCUUGCAGAACUUUUCCAAAUUGGAGGGAAGUGUCCGGACACCAAUUAUCUGUUUAUGGGAGAUUAUGUGGACCGGGGAUAUUAUUCUGUUGAAACUGUCACGUUAUUAGUGGCUCUAAAGGUUCGUUAUCCUCACCGGAUCACCAUUCUUCGAGGGAAUCAUGAGAGCCGUCAGAUCACUCAGGUUUAUGGCUUUUAUGACGAAUGUUUACGGAAGUAUGGCAAUGCUAAUGUAUGGAAGACAUUUACAGAUCUUUUUGACUAUUUUCCCUUGACUGCCUUGGUUGAGUCAGAAAUAUUUUGCCUCCAUGGUGGGUUGUCCCCAUCCAUUGAAACCCUUGAUAACAUCCGAAACUUUGACCGUGUUCAAGAGGUUCCGCAUGAAGGCCCAAUGUGCGACCUAUUAUGGUCUGAUCCAGAUGACCGAUGCGGCUGGGGGAUUUCACCUCGGGGUGCUGGGUAUACAUUUGGCCAGGACAUAUCUGAACAAUUCAAUCACAUGAAUAAUUUGAAGUUGAUAGCUAGAGCUCAUCAACUGGUCAUGGAUGGAUUUAACUGGGCUCAUGAACAAAAGGUGGUUACUAUUUUUAGUGCGCCUAACUAUUGUUAUCGCUGUGGGAACAUGGCUUCAAUUUUAGAGGUUGAUGACUGCAGGAGUCAUACAUUUAUCCAGUUUGAGCCAGCACCCAGAAGAGGAGAACCCGAUGUCACCCGUAGAACGCCAGAUUACUUCCUAUGAAGCAGCUAAAGUCAAAUCCUUCCCCUGUAUACUGAUAUGGGUUGUGCAUCGUUGUAGGCAGAGAAAACCUGCGACUUAUGCUGCCAUGCAUUGAUGAUUUUGCUUGCUGAGACAGAACUUUUUUAUAUAGAAAACCCUCUGAUUUGUAUUUGAAGAUCCAGACAUCCUCAAGAUACAAAGAUUAUUCAACUUUCUUUCACCCCUUCGGCCCCUUUCUCCAUAAUAUCUCAAGUAGUUUAAUUUUGUUACAACACUUUUCUAUUGUAGAAAAUUAUAGUGCUGGUGUUUAUCAUGUACUAGGUGUAAGUUAGUUUCUGUUAUGUUUGGAAAAAGGCUGUUGAAAUUAUUGGAAUUGCUACUUUUUAUUUCAAGAAAUUUUAGUAUGAAGUAUAAUGUUGACGAUUGUGCCUGAGAAUUUUGAAGGAAACUAAACAGGCUUCACGUCCAUAAGGUCAAGCUGGCUUUGAUUUUAAUUUCCAAUCAGCCAGGGAUUUUGUUCCAUUUGCUAGUACAACCACCUUUUGUGAAA